AUGGCAAGAAACAGACAGACGAAGGCGGAUGAUAAUGAAUCUGACUAUAGUCAAGAGGUGGAAGAGGAAGAGUUUCCUUCUGCAUCGCAGGAGUCAAAUAGUAGUGACGCGCCGAAUCUCGAGAAUAUGCUUACUCUCAUUGAGCAGCUCAAAACCAGUCGAGUCAAGAAGAAGAGAGACGCAGAGAAGAAGUUCUUGCAAACAGCGAAAGGCAGAAUAUCGAACGAGAUAACAGAAGUCGUCAAGGGUGUCACUACAGCCACGAAAAGCAUAGAUGAUGUAUACACCAAGUUUAUGGGAGAUUAUAUCACGCUCGAGGAUCAAAUACGAAAGAAGUGGACCGAAAUACAGAAAGAGCAAGCAAACAUACUGUCGAUCGUGGGGAAAAGCAUAGAACGACAUAUAGAAGAGGGAGAUAAGAUAGAAGACCAACAUAUAGACGGAAUGGCAAGCAUGAAGGAGGCUUGUGAAAACAUGGUCACCCUCAUCGAUUCUCUCGCGCCUCAAUCAUUGUAG